GUUAAAAGGAGCCAUCAGAACGAUCCAGUCCAGUCUUGAGGAUUUUUCAGGCUGUGAAUUAUCAUCAGACGCCGCCAAGAACUGAUCAGCUGCACGGCCAGUGACGUCACCCUCUAAACACCUCGCGCAGGUAGCGUGCUUGUAAACAGUCUAGAAGAGCGUGCGCGAGGAGACAGCUCAGGACCAAACAAAUGCACAAGAUCCCACUGCACUGGCUGAAGUCGGAUUGAGUCGCAGCACAUUUCAAGGGAAUGGCAUGUCUUAUGGCAGCCUUUUCAGUCAACAAUACUACAGUGACUAACUCUAUCAUAAUGAAUACAAAUGGACCUCCUGAUCUCAUGCUAGACCCUAGAAGUGUGUGCGUGUCCAUUGAUGAAGUGAUAUCAAGUCACGCUGGCAGUCAGCAGAUGCCAUUAUUACACGGACACCUGAAAAAAGUGGAAAACAACCUCACAGAAGCCCAGAGAUUCUCGUAUCUUCCCCGCAGACCAGCAGUUAACAUAGAUUUCAAAGAUCUCUCAUAUUCGGUUCCCGAGGGCCCAUGGUGGAGAAAGAAAGGUUACAAGACCCUUCUGAAAGGGAUCUCUGGGAAUUUCACCAGUGGCGCUUUGGUGGCCAUUAUGGGACCCUCAGGGGCCGGAAAGUCUACACUAAUGAACAUCCUGGCAGGAUAUAGGGAAACAGGCAUGAAGGGAGAGAUCCUCAUUAAUGGACAGCCCAGAGAUCUGCGGUCUUUCCGGAAAGUGUCCUGUUAUAUAAUGCAGGAUGACAUGUUACUGCCACACCUCACCGUACAGGAAGCAAUGAUGGUAUCAGCUAAUCUCAAACUCCAGGAAAAGGAUGAAGGCAGACGUGAAAUGGUGAGAGAAAUCCUGACGGCACUCGGCUUGUUAGAAUGUGCCAAGACCCGCACAUCUAACCUAUCCGGGGGGCAAAGAAAACGACUCGCCAUCGCUCUGGAGCUUGUCAACAACCCACCCGUCAUGUUUUUUGAUGAGCCCACAAGUGGAUUGGACAGCUCAUCAUGCUAUCAGGUGGUCUCUCUUAUGAAAGCUCUCGCUCAAGGGGGUCGGACGGUCGUAUGCACAAUUCACCAGCCCAGCGCCAAAGUGUUUGAACUCUUUGAUAAGCUUUAUGUCCUCAGUCAGGGUCAGUGUAUAUACCGGGGAAGAGUAUCAAGCCUCAUUCCUUAUCUAAGAGAACUGGGACUCAACUGCCCCACCUAUCACAACCCUGCAGACUUCAUCAUGGAGGUGGCCUCUGGUGAAUACGGUGACCAGACGGCUUGGCUCGUGAAGGCUGUGCAGGAGCAAAAGUGUGAGAAAGACUACAAGAGUGAAAUGAACAGUAACGGGGUCCAUAACCCCUUCCUGUGGCACAGACCGUCUGAUGAAGUAAAUUAUAUAAAGUCUUUAUCUUACGACUGCACGUCAUCUGAGGGUUGCCAUAGUUUUUCUGCCAGCUGCCUGACACAGUUCUGCAUCCUCUUCAAGAGAACCUUUCUAAGCAUCAUGAGGGAUUCGGUUUUGACCCACUUACGCGUCAUCUCUCAUCUUGGGAUUGGAAUACUGAUUGGUCUUUUGUACCUGGGAAUUGGAAACGAGGCCAAGAAAGUUCUUAGCAACUCUGGCUUUCUGUUCUUCUCCAUGUUGUUCCUCAUGUUUGCAGCUUUGAUGCCCACAGUUCUCACCUUUCCCCUUGAGAUGGGUGUCUUUUUAAGAGAACACCUGAAUUACUGGUACAGCCUGAAGGCGUAUUACUUAGCCAAAACAAUGGCGGAUGUCCCAUUUCAGGUUGUGUUCCCUGUGGCUUACUGCAGCAUUGUGUACUGGAUGACGUCUCAGCCGUCAGAUGCUGUUCGCUUCAUUCUUUUCCUGGCUUUAGGGACGCUCACUUCACUUGUGGCACAGUCACUCGGACUGCUGAUAGGGGCAGCAUCUACAUCAUUACAAGUAGCCACCUUUGUUGGUCCGGUGACUGCCAUUCCCGUGCUACUCUUUUCAGGCUUCUUUGUCAGUUUUGACACCAUUCCAAAAUACCUCCAGUGGAUAUCAUACAUUUCUUACGUCAGAUAUGGUUUUGAAGGAGUCAUUUUGUCCAUUUACGGGCUUGACCGUGAAGACUUGCACUGUGACAAAGAUGAGACGUGCCACUUUCAGAAAUCAGAUGCUAUUCUGAAGGAGCUAGAUGUUGAAGAUGCAAAGCUCUACCUGGACUUUAUCGUGCUGGGCAUCUUCUUUGUGUCACUUCGUCUCAUUGCCUACUUUGUCCUUCGAUACAAGAUCCGUGCUGAGAGGUAGACCAGUGAAGGAACUGAUGGACUGUCAAAACUUUCAUGCCCUUAGAGGACUAAAGGCAGAGAGAGCCAAAGCAGAAAGGGUGUGUUCCAUUGUGAAGAACAACAGCUGUGUGUGCAGGCCUUGGGUUGAACUUGAAGUACCAGUAGAUAGAUACUGAUGUUUGCAUGCUUUAAAAAGCGAACAAAGAACUUAGAUGCAACAGUUUUGGGACUCAACCGAACAUCUGUACGGACAGUCAAGGAAAACUCAAAGCGUGUGAUGGGUGACAAUUACAGGGCAGUUUUCAAUAACACUGAACCCUGUGCUAGUUUGUGACAGCUGGAAUCUUUUCUCUUGCUGAGCAUAUAGACACAGAGUUUUUUUUUGUUCCUUAUCUGUACAAUAUUUUAUCGUAAGACAACAAUUUAUUGCUUGUCUGUGGCAUUCCUUAUGCUGCUGGUAAUGGCCUUAAAGUUUAAGUAUGAGCUGGUCUCCAGAAAAUAUCUAAUGCAUACAUCAACAUAUGUAUACAUAUGUUGAGGAAUUCAAACUACAAAUGGAUUACUUAUGGCUGUCUUUCUACAAUAUGCUGAGAAAUACAUAUUUUUGUAUGUUAAAAUGCAUAUUUAUCACCUUUAAAGAUACAACAGGUUAGAUUUGGACCAUAAUUGUCUUUUUUUGGUUUAUGGUACUUGUCUGAUCAUGGCACCACAAUGUCGACAAAGGAAAGCUGGAAAAAAUAAAAUAAAAUACGAUGAGAUAAAAUAUUAAAUAAAACAAACAUGAACGUGACGAACGAUAUUUUUUUAAUAUGUAAAUGCCUGAAUUUCCUGAAUUACACAAAUGUAUACAAAAAUCAUAAAAGAUCUCACAGACACUGAUCCUUUCAUAUGGCACACACAUCACAUUAAAUUGACAUGGUCAUUGAACGCUAAGCUUUUUCCUCAUCUUUGCAGUUUUCAUGCUUUCUGGUUAAGGGGUCUUUUUUGGAUGUAAUUGCAAAGUCUAUGCAAAAGUGAAAAUGUGACAAAAAUAAAGCAGACAACGUAAAUGAUUUAUGUUUGUUAUCUGUUUUGUAUUUAAAGUCAAGAUGUGUAUAUUUACCUCCAAGCUGGGUCCCCAGAGCAUUAUUCGAUAAAUGUUGCAGGCAUAAUGUGAAUGCAAAGCUUAGUGUUAUGAGACUACUGUAUUCAAGUCUGCUAUAUGGAUGUAUAUAGCAAUGUAUAUUGAUGUAAAAUGGAUGCAAUCUGUGAAGAAUGUUGAAUAGAUAUUUUACUUCUAUUGGACAAGUAUUUCUGCUUAGAAUUCACAGCAUAUUAUUGUUUUUUUUAACGAAUAUAAGUUGUAUAUUAUUUUUCAUAUUUAUUAAAUCUGCUAUUUAACUCUUGCGCUUACAGAAUAAACCAUAUAAUCAAAAUGAUAAAGAUUGUCAUAGAGUCUAUUUUAAAGUAGAACC